AUGAAAAUAAAAUUUUUAAUUUUUCCCUUGGUUGCCUUGCUUGUUCAGAAUAGUUUUGCAAGGUGUAACGAUGUGGCAGAAUUCACAAAAUUGUUCGACAACGACCUUAUAAGUAAUUAUGAGAAAUUAUUUAAAGUUAUCAAAUGUCAAUAUUGCAAAGCAAAUAAAAAAGAAUUUAAGGAUGAAAAAUGUAAACAAAUAAAGGAAGAAUGUAAGCAAUUAUUGAAAGGAGGAAAAUAUCCCCAAAUGGUAAAGAAUUUAAUGUAUGGUAUAAAAGUAGAUGAUAGUCAAGAUUUAUUUGGACAUGACACAGAGGAAUUAAAAAAAUUAAUUAAUUUCUUAGAAUUGCAUAAAAAAGAAAUUGACAAUGUAAAAGGUAUGAUAGAUCAUAUAAAAGAUAACAAAUCCUUGUUGCAACUUAAUGCAGGAAACAACUCAACUGUUCAUACUCUAAAUGCAAAAAUGAAGAACUUGAAAAAUAAUGUAGACUAUAUAGAAAAGAGUCAGGAUUUCAUAAAUAAACAUUUAAAUGCUGGAAGUGAUGAUAUAGAUAAUGAGGAUUUGCAAAAUAUGUUUAAUAUAAAAGAAACAGGAGAAACAGAUAAUGGUUAUAAAGGAUUAUAUAAACUUAGCAAUAGUGCGAAUACAUUAGAUCUUAAUGAAGAUGAUAAUAUUCAUAAUAUAGAACUAGGGGAUAUUGGUAUCAAAGAUUUUGUAAAAAAUAAUAUGAAAGAUAUACUUAAAAAUGGAGAUGGACUUUUAGAUAUAGUAAAAAGUACAUUAAUUCAAGAUGGUGGUAAUAUUGGAGGAGAUUUAGUAAAUCUUAUAGAAAAAGGAAAAGAGAUAGGUGAAAAAAUUUUACAUAUAGAAGGAGUAAUUAAAGGUAAAUCAAAAACACAAACAGGUCAUGAUGCAAUUGAACAGCUAGAUCAUUUUAAAACGGAAUUAGCUUCUUAUGAAUAUUUAUUAGUUAAUCUUAAAGGUGUAGUUCUGAAUAAACUAAAAGAUAUAUUACUAAAACUGUUAUAUAAAGCUUAUAUAUCCUAUAGAAAAAAAAAAGCAAAAGAAUUAGGUUUAGAAGAAGCAGUUGAAGUUACUCAUGAUACCUAUGUGAAUGAAUUAAAAAAAGGUAUCAUCGAAUUAGGUAUGAAAAUAUUCUUUCACAAAGUCAAACAUUUAUUAUCUAUCGUUAAAAAGAAAAUAUUCUACAAAAAGAACUCAAAAGCUAGUACUUCGGGUAAGGAACAAAAACAGGUCGAUAUGCAUAAUACCGUUGAAACACCUAAACUAAGAGGAACUGCCCCAGAUGAAGAGGUUGCUCUUAUGUCCAGCAUAGACAACAUGAUUGAAGAAAUAGACUUUUACGAAAAUGAAAUGUAUCACAAUCAAUAUGUAGACACAGCCAACCAAGAAAAUGCUAACGUGCAAGGAAUGGACGAAGAUGAACAAACACAAGACGAACAAAUGGUUGACGAGCAAGCGGCUAAUCCAGUAGUGGAUGGUACGCCAACCGAUAACACGCCAACCGAUAACACACCAACCGAUAACACACCAGCCGAUAACACACCAACCGAUAACACACCAACAGAUAACACACCAGCCGAUAACACACCAACAGAUAACACACCAGCGGGUGGCGUUGAACAGGAAGUAGAGGCUCCAAACAAUAAUCAGAAUGAAGAAACGAAUGCCCUUAAUUACAAUUUUGUUGAGACUCUUGACAAAUUAGCUGAAGAGGGUGCCGUCCAAGAUGCAAUAAAUCAAAUAGUACACGAUAGCAUAGCUGUGGAAGCUGCCAAAAUAGAGGAAGUCGUUGACAACGUUAUAGAGGAAGUGUCUAAAAUGGAGGACAAUUUACCAGGUAACGAAAACGAAGCGGAUGAGUUAAGUCAAGUCCAAACUCCACACAGUGAAACAGCGGUACCUAAUCACGCAGUGGGUGAAGUAACUCAAGAACUAGCAGCACAUAACGAAGCGGCAGAGGUAGUUCAACCAUCUACACCAUAUAACCAAGUGGGGGAAGUAACUCAAACUCAAGCGGUAGUACCACAAAACAAUGCGGAUGAGGUUGUCCAAGCAGUGGUACCACACAACAACGAAGUAGGUGAGGCAGUCCAAACGGCAGUUCCACACAACGAAGUAGUCGAAGUGGUAUAA